CAGUCAAAAACAUUCCUCAUCCACUCCCAGACGCGAUCUCUGUCUGCACACGCAACUUGGAGAUUUGAUUUACCCUCUAACAUUCGAUGCGGUCAAGAAAUUGUCUAUAAAACUUCGCCUGUGUAUCCAACUAUACGUAGGGCCCAAAUUAGCGAGCCGGAAACUAGGGGGAUUUCACAUUGGCUCCAUGACAAGGGGUCUGAAUUCGCCGGCUGAGUGGACGUGCAUUCCUUCGGGGGGGGGGUUGAUCUUGUACCCUUAUGGCGACACGACGGACCGCAUCGGCGGCGGCGUAGACGAAACGUUUGAACGACUCAGGCGCAACCGAUGGCGGCUACACGGACCAAAAGGCGGCUGGCUUCCCCCCCCCUUGAACCUGCGAUCGGGGCGCUCGACGACUACCUCUACCGCAUGUACAAGAAACCCGUGUUGACCAUCGAAGUGGCU